AUGGGCGAGGAGCAGAGCACGGUGAGCAGUGGCGGCGGGCCCCUGGAGGCGCGGGUCUCCGCUGGUGGCUCCGCAGGCCACCCCAAGCCCUCAGGAUCACUGGGGGACCGCGCGGGGGAGCCCAGGUCGCGCGCCAACUCCUUGGAGCCAAGCGACAGCAGCUGCGGAAGCAACUCGGACUGCGUGGACACGAGCGCCCAGGAGCCCGCGCGGAACCUGGGAGCCCUGGGCUGGAGGAAGAAUCAAAAGCAGAGGCAGUCCGAGGGACUGGCACUCAUCGGGCCUCUCAACCCCCAGACUUUGCAACAGCAAUUGGAGGAUAAGGAGGAAGAAGAGAAGGAAGGAAAAGAGGGAGGGAGAGAACAGCUUGGGGCGCCCCCCAGCGAGGAGCCAGAGACCAGGUCCCAGCUCUCGGACGGGCUUGUCCUGGACGUGCCUGGCCAGCAGUGCCUCCCGCCAGCCAAGAAACAGGUUUUCUGUUCAGUGUACUGUGUGGAGAAUGACAUGCCUGAGACCCCCACUAAGGAGCAGAUCUCGCCAUCCUCAUUGCUAUCUAGGGCUCCUCCGGUGCCUAGAACUCCCAGCCCUCCCGCUUCUUUCCCCAGACCCCUUCCAACUGACCCCCUCUCCCCCGAUGGCGGCAGCAUUGAGCUGGAGUUCUACCUGGCGCCCGAGCCAUUCUCUGUGUCCACCCUGUUGGGAACUCCAUCCUACAGUGGCCUGGGCGGGGCAGGGGAUCCCUAUGCGCCCCUAAUGGUGCUGAUGUGCCGGGUGUGCCUGGAAGACAAGCCCAUCAAGCCCUUGCCGUGCUGCAAGAAGGCCGUGUGCGAGGAGUGCCUCAAAGUCUACCUGAGCUCCCAGGUUCAACUUGGCCAGGUAGAUAUCAAAUGCCCUAUCACAGAAUGUUUUGAAUUUCUGGAAGAAACAACUGUUACCUAUAACUUAACGCAUGAAGACUCCAUCAAAUAUAAAUACUUCUUGGAACUUGGCCGUAUUGAUUCCAGCACCAAGCCAUGUCCUCAGUGCAAGCACUUUACAACCUUCAAGAAAAAAGGACAUAUUCCCACCCCUUCCAGAUCAGAAAGCAAAUACAAAAUCCAGUGCCCCACUUGCCAAUUCGUCUGGUGUUUUAAGUGCCACUCUCCUUGGCAUGAAGGAGUUAACUGCAAGGAGUACAAAAAAGGAGACAAAUUACUACGUCACUGGGCAAGCGAAAUUGAGCAUGGACAGAGGAAUGCCCAGAAGUGUCCAAAAUGCAAGAUUCACAUCCAGAGAACUGAAGGAUGUGACCAUAUGACCUGUUCACAGUGCAACACUAAUUUUUGUUAUCGAUGUGGGCAGAGAUAUCGCCACCUUCCUUUCUUUGGAGACCACACAUCAAACCUCAGUAUAUUUGGAUGCAAAUAUCGCUACCUCCCAGAGAGACCUCAUUUAAGGAGAUUAGUCCGAGGGUCAGUAUGUGCUGGAAAAUUAUUCGUUGCACCUCUAAUCCUGAUCUUGGGGUUAGCACUAGGGGCCAUAGCAGUUGUAAUCGGUUCCUUUGUAUUUCCUAUCUAUUGCCUUUGUAAAAAACAGAGAAAAAGAUCAAGGACAGGUAUGCACUGGUAA